AUGGUAAAAAAAAUUAAAAGAGUUGACUUAACUUUACACAUCGAGACCCAACAACAACAAGAGGGAUCGGAAUGUGAUUGUAUAAUAUGUAUUAGAGGUUCGCCAAUAUUAAAAGCAACAAUAUCAAAAUAUGGCUUAUGGAAACGUAUUUUGGAGUUGGUAAUAUUUGUGUUGGUAGAUUACCAGAAAGCAGAUUUUACCCAUUUUUUAAACACUAGUACCAGAGCAUCGCAAAUGAAUCCAGAAAAACUCAGAAUUAUUCUUGCAUCAUUAGAUUAUGUUCAUACAAAUUCAAUUAUCAACUACGUCCAACAACACAGAUUUUUGUUAAGACUUGAGCCAUAUUUCAUUUCAGAUCCACAAUGGAGACAUGCAUUGGUUAAAGCAUUGUCAAAUCACAAAGAAAUAUUUUUACCAGGGUUAAAUCGUGUAUUUGCAAAACGUGGCUAUUGGAGUUUAAGAGAUCUUUCUGAUCCAUGGGAAAGAAUCAAAAAGGAUGAGGAGAAUGAAUUGGUCGCAUCAAUUCCAGAUGGUAAGAAAGAUUCACGUCUCUCACAGCUAAAACCACCAAAGGCUAUCGUCCAAACAAAUAGAAAUAAUACCUUGGGUCCUCAUGGUACACGUUUAACAGUUAGAAAAUAUGUUCAGACUUGCAGUUUUGACAGAAUUGAAUUAGUAUGUACCUCCCCUAUUUACUGUAGAUAUCAUGAUCCAUUAGAGUGUGUAAAAAAAGAAGGUUCUCCCGAACAUUAUAGUGAUAGUGACGAUGAUGCAGACGAAGAGACCACUCCAAAAAAAUCGGUUGCUAAAAAAAAAAAAGAAAAACCAAUAAAAACCAAAAAAGUUAAUAGUGCUAAUAAUAGUAAAAAUCAAAAUAAUCCAAAAGGUCGAAAUAAUCAAGGUAAUCCAAUUAAUUAUUCUUCACCAAUUUUAUCUCCUUCAUUUAAUUCAAAUUCAAAAACUGCACCAUUAACUUCAAAACCAAUUUCAUUAACUCCACUAAGUAUUAAUAGUAAUAAUAGUAAUGGUUUUUAUAAUAGUAGAUCUGGUUUUAAUAAUGUCGAUAAUAAUUACUCAGAUGACGAAGAUAGUGAUGAUUAUGAUAGUGAUGAUAAUGAUGAUUAUAGUAAUAGCUAUAAUAAUAAUAAUAAUAAUAAUAAUAAUAAUAAUAAUAAUAAUAAUAGUAAUAAUAAAAAUAAUAAUAAUAAUAAUAAUAAUAUGAAUAGUUAUAAUUUUAAUAGUAAUAAUAAAAAUAGUAAUAAUUAUAAUUACAACAAUAAUAUAAGUAGUGGUAAUAAUAAUAAUAAUAAUAAUAAAAAUGACUAUAGCUUAAAUAGUGACUAUUUUAAAAAUCUCUUUGGAAAUGACAAUAAAAAAAAUAAUAAUGCUAAUAAUACUAAUACUAUGGAUAGUCAUUACAUCGGUGGAACAUUAUUAGUGACAACUAUGAUGCAAAGAGUUCACUUUGAUGCUUGCAGAUAG